AUGAUCGAUGGGAAGACUAGACAUAAUCUUUGGUGGAAUAUUGGUUUUGAAGGACAAAAUGAAAAUCUAUUAUCAUCAUAUACAUUUUUUAAUUCGGGAAAUCAAUAUGAAAUAAAUGAAGAUUCAUCACAAUAUUGUCAAUCAACAUUACAAAGUUUAACUACAGGACAAAAACAAAUAUGUUUAUUACAUGCAGAUCAUAUGCCUAUUGUUAUACAAGGUGCAAGUAAAAGUAUUGAAGAAUGUCAAUAUCAAUUUCAAGAUCGUCAUUGGAAUUGUUCAACAAUACAAGAUGGUUCUGUUUUUGGACCGGUUAUUAAUCAUGCUAAUCGAGAAACAGCAUUAACACAUGCAAUGUUUUCAGCAGGUAUAACAUAUGCUAUUAGUCGAGCAUGUAAACAAGGCUUUUUGAAAUCAUGUUCAUGUAGUCGAGCAACUCGACCGAAGAAUUUACCACGUGAUUGGUCAUGGGGAGGAUGUGGUGAUAAUAUUGAUUAUGGUUAUCGAUUUAGUCGAGAUUUUGUUGAUACACCUGAAAAAGAAAUUGAUUCAACAGCUAUGUAUAAUUCAUUUAUAAAUACAAAUGAAACGGUUUUUGGAGGAGGAGGAGUAGUAGGUGGAAGAAAAAAAAAACUUUUAAGACGUGGACGAAUACGACGUCAUAUGAAUGUACAUAAUAAUGAAGUUGGACGAAGAGCGGUUUAUCGAUUAACACGUGUCGUUUGUAAAUGUCAUGGAGUUAGUGGUUCUUGCAGUCUUCGAACAUGUUAUCAACAAUUACCAACAUUUCAUGAAAUAGGAGCAUUUUUAAAAGAAAAAUAUGAUAGUGCAAUUGAAGUACGUUAUCAACGUCGUUUUGGUGAAUUACGUUCACGUGAUCGACGUUUUGUUGGACCAACGAAAGAUGAUUUAAUUUAUUUUGAAGAAUCAAAUUUUUGUGAAUCUAAUUCACGUAUUGGUUCACUAGGUACAAAAGAUCGUCCGUGUAAUCGAACAAGUCAUGGACCUGAUGGUUGUACAACAAUGUGUUGUGGACGUGGAUAUAAUACAAUACGAAAAUAUAUACAAGAAAAAUGUAAUUGUAAAUUUAUUUGGUGUUGUUCUGUACAUUGUGAAACAUGCCGUAGACUUGUAGAAAUUCAUGUAUGCAAAUAG